AUGGAUACACAGAGUUGUACAACAGCUACUUCAACUCCAUGCCAAAACUGCUCCAGGAUUACAAAUUUUAGGACCAUCUCUUCUAACAACAGUUGCCACCAAAGUGAUCUUGAAGCCAACAAUUGCCAAAAAACUGGCCAUGUUCUGAGAACUUCCCAGAACCAGAGCUGCCAACCAAGUCCUUGCUUUUGUCGCAGACCUACCUACCUAAUACGCAACUUCAACAUCUGCCCCUCUCUGGAUGAUUGCAGCUGGUAUGGUGAAGGUAUCAACAGUAACGAGAAAGAGACCAUGCAGGUCUUGAAUGACCGCCUUGCUAACUACCUAGAAAAGGUGCGAAUGCUAGAACAAAAGAAUGCUGAACUUGAGUGUAAAAUCCAGGAAGAGUGUAACAAAGAGCUCCCCAUUGUAUGUCCUGAUUACCAGUCCUACUACAAUACCAUUGAGGAGCUCCAGCAGAAGAUCUUGUGUACCAAGGCUGAGAAUUCCAGACUGGUCUCACAAAUUGACAACACCAAACUGGCUGCUGAUGACUUGAGAGCCAAGUACAAAGCUGAAGUGUCCCAACGCCAGCUGGUGGAGGCAGAUGCCAAUAGCCUACAGCGAAUCCUGAAUGCAUUGACCCUAGGCAAGGCUGACCUGGAGGCACAAGUCCAGUCUCUGAAGGAAGAGCUCCUUUGCCUCAAAAACAACCAUGAAGAGGAAAUUAAUUCCUUACAGAGCCAACUUGGGGACAGACUCAACAUUGAAGUGACUGCUGCUCCUUCUGUUGACCUAAACCGAGUUCUACAAGAAAUGAGAUGUCAAUAUGAAUCUAUCAUGGAGACAAACCGUAAAGAUGUGGAACAAUGGUUCAAUGCACAGAUGGAAGAGCUAAAUCAGCAAGUGGUAACCAGCUCUCAACAGCAGCAAUGCUGCCAGAAGGAGAUCAUAGAACUGAGACGUACCGUGAACACUCUAGAAGUGGAACUGCAGGCCCAGCACCGAAUGAGAGAUUCCCAAGAAUGCAUCCUGGUGGAGACAGAAGCUCGCUAUACAACCCUGCUUGCCCAGAUCCAGUGCCUGAUCGAUAACCUAGAGUUUCAGCUGGCAGAGAUCCGGUGUGCCCUGGAAAGACAGAACCAAGAAUAUGAGAUUCUGCUGGAUGUCAAGUCCCGACUGGAGUGUGAGAUUGCCACAUACCGCAGCCUUCUGGAGAGCUCGGAUGGCAAGCUUCCCUGUAACCCAUGUGCCACCAAAUGUGAGCCUUCCGCUUGCACAUCCAGUAAGAGCAGAGCCAUGGAAUGCACGGCCCCAGUUUACACUUUCUCAGCCCCGCGUGAUGUAGGGGAGCCCUGCAGUGCAUAUGGACCCCUCUCCCGGAUACUGGUGAAGAUAUGCACUAUCACCAAGGAGAUUAAGGAUGGGAAGGUCAUCUCUUCUUAUGAGCAUGUGCAGCCUUGCUUCAUCACUGUACCUGCCAAAGCCUAAGAUGCCAAGGUGAUGAACAUGACCCACAUUCAUGAAAGA